CGCGAGCGGGCUGGGCCCUGCCGGCCUCCCUGCGCGCGCUGCCGGCGGAGCGGCUGCGAGGGGCGAGCCCUCGGUAGGGGGUAGGGUCUGCGGGCCGGGGCGGCCGGAGCCGCGGUCGUGGGCACUGCGCACGCGCGGGGAGCGCCUCCUAGAGGGUGCGCGCCAGCAGGAGGGCGGCCUCGCGCCGGCGUGGCAGCAGGUGUGUUGGGCAUCUCUGUCGCGUGACCGGGGAGGCUCGGGCACCUGGCCGGGGUGGGUCCAUGCGGGCCACGCCUUCCUCGGGCUCCAGCCCCAGAGCAGAGCUGUGGCUGAAGAGACAUGCCCCCAGGCUCUAGCCGGGGGAGGGCUCGAGGGCUGUUGGUCAUCCUUCAGAUUAGGGAGAAAAUAGGGGAGCACCCACCUUCUCACCACCAUGGCAAGAAGAGGGCUGGCGCCCCCGGGAACCGGGGCCCUGAAGGAGACCGAGGGGUUGGGGAUUUUUGGAGGGAGCUCCAGAUCCAAGCUUGAAACCAUAGCAGAUGAGCUCAGAAGUCCUUGAGAUCUGGUGCUGGCUCCACCCCAAAAGCCGCGUGCGCCCAGGCCAGCCUCUGCCUCUUGGCAGGCCCCGUCCUCACUCAUUCCCAGGGCCUCGGGCCAACCGUGGUCCGCGCCUCACCCCGCUGGUCGGCGCAGGAUGGGCCUCUCGGUGGCCCCGGUGUGGGGGCCCCCGGGGCUGCUCCUGACCAUGGCUCUCUGCCCGGCUCUCACCCUGCACCCGGCCGAGGCCCGGGCGCCCGCACCCCGGGACUACUGCGUCCUGGGCGCGGGGCCCGCGGGCCUGCAGAUGGCCUACUUCCUGCAGCGGGCCGCGCGGGACUACGUGGUGUUCGAGCGCGCCUCGGGGCCCGGCAGCUUCUUCACGCGCUACCCGCGGCACCGCAAGCUCAUCAGCAUCAACAAGCGGUACACGGGCAGGACCAACGCCGAGUUCAACCUCCGCCACGACUGGAACUCUCUGCUCAGCCAUGACCCUCGGCUGCUCUUCAGACGCUACUCCCAGGCCUACUUCCCCGACGCCGGCGACAUGGUGCGCUACCUGGGCGACUUCGCAGGCCGGCUGGGGCUCCGCGUGCGGUACAACACAGCCAUUGCCCACGUCACCCUGGACAAGGAUCGGCGGGCCUGGAAUGGCCAUUACUUCGUUCUGACCGACCAGAAGGGCCAGGAAUACAGGUGCAGCGUCCUUCUUGUCGCCACCGGCUUGUCAGUCCCCAACCUGGUGGACUUCCCCGGCUCCGAGUACGUGGAGGGUUACGAGUCUGUGUCCGUGGACCCGGAGGACUUUGUGGGUCAGAAUGUGCUGAUCCUGGGCCGAGGGAACUCGGCCUUUGAGACGGCAGAGAACAUCUUGGGUGUCACCAACUUUGUCCACAUGCUGAGCCGCUCCCGCGUCCGGCUGUCCUGGGCCACCCACUACGUAGGAGACCUCAGGGCUGUCAACAACGGCUUGCUGGACUCCUACCAGCUGAAGUCCCUGGACGGGCUGCUGGAGUCCGACCUGGCGGAUCUGGCGGUGGUGAAGGACCCCAAGGGCAAGCUCCACAUCACCCUCAAGUUCUACCUGGAGGAAAGCAACCAGAGUGCCGAGGCCAUCCCCCUGCCCCAGGACGACAGCGACAACUUUGCCAUGCGCGUGGCCUACGACCGCGUCAUCCGCUGCCUGGGCUGGAAGUUCGAUUUCUCCAUUUUCAAUAAGUCCCUCAGACUGUCUUCAGGGAGUGAGUUCAGCAAGAAGUACCCACUGGUCAGACCGAGCUAUGAGUCCAAAGGAAGCCGUGGUCUCUUUGUCCUGGGUACGGCCAGCCACUCUGUGGAUUACCGGAAAUCUGCUGGGGGCUUCAUCCAUGGAUUCCGAUACACAGUGCGUGCUGUUCACCGGCUGCUGGAGCAGCGCCACCACGGUGUCGCCUGGCCCGCCACCCAGCACCCCAUCACACAGCUGACCAGCUCCGUCCUCCGGCGCGUGAACGAGGCUUCUGGGCUCUACCAGAUGUUCAGUGUGCUCGCCGAUGUCGUCCUGUUGAAGGAGAACGGCACAGCAUUCGAGUACCUGGAGGAGUUCCCCAUGCAGAUGCUGGCCCAGCUGGAGGCAGUCACCGGCAGGCAGGCCAGGCACGGGCUCUUCGUCAUCAACAUGGAGUACGGCAGAAACUUCUCUGGGCCCGACAAGGACGUCUUCUUCUAUGACCGGUCUGUGGGGUACACGGAAGACGCCUGGCAGUCUAACUUCCUGCACCCCGUCAUCUACUACUACAGGCACCUCCCCACCGAGCAGGAGGUGAGGUUCCGCCCUGCAGACUGGCCCCUGCCGCGGCCCGCGGCCAUCCACCACAUCCUGGAGGACUUCCUGACAGACUGGACCGCCCCCGUGAGCCACAUCUUGCCUCUGAGGCGCUUCCUGGAGAACUGUCUGGGCACCGAUUUGCGAAGCUUCUACGCAGAGUCCUGCUUCCUGUUCGCCCUGACACGCCAGAAGCUGCCACCCUUUUGCCAGCAGGGAUACCUGAGGAUGCAGGGGCUGGUGGGAACCGGAAGCCUCCGGCAGCACCGAGUAGAGAGUGGGCUCCUGCAGGACUAUGCCGCUGCGGGCAAGCGCAGGGAGGACAGUGGCCAGUGGCCUGGCCUCCGUGAGCCAGGAGACCAGCCCCAGGCUCCAGGGCCUCUGGACCAGCCCCUCAACAGCAACAAGGAGGAGCUGUGAUGUGCGGGUCUCUCCCACCCAGGCCUUCCUUCCCACAGCACCGUGCUCCCACCGUGUGUGAUUGCCAGAGGCCACUGGGAUCACUGCAGUGGCCCCACCAAAGCCACACAGAGCGCACGUAAGGGCUACGGGCGGCCAUGCGGCGGUCUCCUCCCCUCCUGUUGGCGUCCACAGUGCCCAGGAGGUGGGGUCCAGAGGACAUCCUCUGCCAGGAGGAGUCGCCUCCCACAGCCGGGUUUGUCUGCAAGUGAAUUAUCGCCGAGCACCAGGCUGGCCUCAGUCUGUCCCCAUCGAGUGCCCAGCGGUUCCUUUUCCUUCUGGUCUACUCUUCAGACGGGCCUGUCGGUGGAGGUCUCACAGAUGAAACCCAUCCUCAUCUGCAUAAGGGUUAGUGGCAGCUCUUUACAAUAAAAGCUCUAAUAAUCCCAAUUACCUAGGGCAGGUAGGACUAUUACUCCUGAUGAAGACAGCAGCUCAGAGAGGUUGGGUGACUCCCAGGGCCCCAGCCGGAGUCCUGUCUGCUGCAGCCUGUCCCACCUCACAACACUGCCUCUCCUCGCCCCCAUCUCUGUUUUCAGAAAGGGGGCCGGGGCCCUGGGGAGCUGGGCUCAUGGUCCUGGUCCCAGCGGGCUGGCAUCAGGCAGAGAUAGCAUCUUAGCUAAGCAGGCGCUCCCUGAGAGAAGUCCUGCUUUCUCUCCGGGACUGCUCCCUGGUUCAUCUUUAGUCUGUUUUCUUCUUCCACCUGCCCCCUGGCUUCCUGAACGGUGCCUCACCUGGCGAGGCAGAUCAAGUUUUGGCACCUUCCUGCCUUGCCGUGGGUUGCUUUUGGAGGUGGUUUGCCUGCUGUUUGAACAGAGCCCGCUCAGCUUGUGCGGAGACAUUUAUAAAUGCGUUUGCAUGAUAACAAUGAUGAGUUUCGUUCCAGCUCCCUUAGCUAUUCUGGCUCUUCGUUGUCCUUCCUCACCAGGGACCUGUUCGCUUCUUCACUCUCCCAUCAGGCAUUGCAGUCCUGUUCUGAGUAAGCCAUGGGAAAGCAUUGUACAUAAAGCACUCGUGGUUUCUCAAGGUCGGGAUUGUAAGUGAUGCUUUCUCACUGAUUCUUAUAGCCCUUCAUUGCAGCCACUCAGAAUGUGAGGGGCCUGGGCUUUCCGGCCCCGCAGCCUAUUUCUGGGACCAUUCUCUUGGCUUAGGUUCACAUUCCUUCCCUACCUGCCCCACCCCCUUAUCUGCAGAUGCCUCUCCCUCCAGUAUUGGCAGAGUUAGAACAAUGGGACUCCAGCUAAGGCAGGAGGCGUUUACCCAAUGACAAUACUUGGCAUAGUUUGCACACAGCUAAACCUUCUACAUUCAGGGUCUCUCCCCAUUCCCAGGGUGUAGGGUUCACUGUGUCUCCUACAGAUUACAGGUAAACCGACCACCCUUCCUUUUCAAAACCUUUUCAAAUAAGUAUUUUAAUUAGGACUGUACCCAUAAUUUCAUACACAUCUUGCCUACCCGAUUACUGAAGACUGGCUGAGCCCCUUUUCCAAUAAAAGUUCAAGGUGCUGUAACAUGGUUUACUGAUGCCUGAAUAUGUGACAUCUGCUGCUUUUCCCAUCGUCUGCCAACUUGUUAAUUCCAUCAGCACACCUGCCAGCCUUAUUUGUGUUCAGUUAGACAUGGUUCCAUUCUUGCUCAGCUGAUUAGAGAUGUCCGAGCAAUGUCCCUGGUAUUCUUAUAAAUUAACUAGAGGCCUGGUGUACAAAUUCGUGCAUGGGUGGGGUCCUUGGGGUGGUCUGUGGAGAUCGGGGCCCCAGCUCACACCCCCAGCCUCGCAGCCCCGCCUGGCACUCUGCCUUGGCCUGGUGCUGCCCCCUCACCUGCUCCACCAUCCCGCCUGUGGGGCAAUCUAUUGGGGCCGGGCCCCCCGCCCCCCCCCCCGCCGCCGUUGGUCUCCAUCUGCGGGACGGUCAGUGGGGCGAUCAGGCCUCCGCUCACACCCACCUUGGCCUGGUGCCCCCCACUCACCUGCUCCACCAUCCCACUGCAGACCCGCUCUCAUCAGGGUGUAUCGGGGCGGCAGCACCUCCACUGCCGCCUGCUGCCAGCACCGCAUCACCGACACCUGCCAUGUUCCGUGCUGCCCACUGGUGGUCAGCGCACAUCAUAGCGAGCAAACGACCGCAGGAGGCGACAAUUUGCAUAUUAGGCUUUUAUUAUUAUAGAUAGUUGGCUUCAAACAGAGAAGUACUUUUUUCCUAUGAAGAUCAUUGCUGCAUUUGCUGGAGAUCCUAUCCAUCUUCCCUCCUAGCAGAUCUCAUUGUUCCCAGCUGGACCAAGUUCCUCUUCCAGCCAAGGCCUGAAUUCAUUAAUUCCUUUUUUUUUAAUAUUACAAAGCUAUUGGUGCAAAAUAGACAAAUCAGUGAAAUAAGAGGCCAGAAACAAACCCUAUUCUAAGUAAGAAGGAGGUGAUUUUUUAAAAAAAAUCACAAACCAGUGGAAAAGAUUGUGCAGGACCAUGCAAUCAAUAACGUUGGACUAACUGGUUAGUAAUUUGGAAAAGAAAAUGCAUCUCAUUUUAGACCCUAUAUCAUACUACAAAUCUAAUUCCAGAUGAAAUUUUUUUAAAAGCCAUAUAGAAACCGGAGAUGAAGAGGGAGUACUUUCAUAAAAGAAAGGCUCUUCAGGUUCAGAAGUAGCAGAGUAAUUCCCCAGACAAGAAAGUUCAACAUUUCCAGGUACACCCAUCUAGCCUGUACCUAAUUAAUGGGAUUAAUGAGAUUAUUUUAAAGAAAUUGGUAAAAAUUAAAAGGCAAAACAGCAUGGGCAAAAAAUAAUUACAGCAGACUAUAAUAAACAUCAUUAUAUAUAGAACUAAUUGAAAAAAAAGGAGAAAAAUCAAGUUAAGUGAACUGUGGCACAUCCAGCUCUCAAAUUAUACAGCUCUCAAAAACUCUAAAAUAUGGUGAGAGAUGUAUAAUAAAGCGAAGUGAAAAGAAGCAGGAUAUGAAAUUGUAGUUGCAACUUCUUUAAACCAUAUAAAAAUAGAAACCUACAUACUACAGAAAGGAAGCCUUACUAAAUGUCAUCGGUGGUGUGCUAAGAUUUGCAGAAGUCUUUGUGUUUUUUGUUUUUUGCUUUUUUCUCUUGUCCAAAUUUGUGGUUAUACUCUGAAAUAAAUACAUUAUUUUUUAAUUACAUCUGAUUUUG